AUGGAAGAAGAAUGCGACGAACUAGAGGAAUCCUCCUUUGAAAUGCUCUCAAAGAGUAAGGAUUACUCAACUAUUAAAAUAUGCGAAAUGCAGGAAAUGAAGGAAGAAAUUAAAGAAUUAAAAAUUAAUCUCUCGAGUACACAAAAUGAGUUAGAGAAUACGAUAAUAGAAAACAAUGAAUACAAAAGAGAAAUAAAUAAAUUAAAAAAGGAAAUUGAGGUUCUAAAGAACAUCUGUCAAUCUCCAAUAAUUAAAAGCACAAAUGAGAUAAAUAAGGGAUUUCACGUCUCACUUACCCCCUCAAAUACUUCUAAAUAUAGCCACGCAUUACACUUUUCUCCAAUUUAUUCAAAGAAAUGUGAUAAAAAAUGUAACAACUUGAUAAUUUCCUUACAAAACAAGAUGAAAGAAUCGCAAGAACAAUUGUUGAAUGCCAAAAAAGAGAUUACCGAGCUAGAGAAUCAAAUACGAGAACUUAGCAUCAAGCUCACUACUCAAAGGGAUAAAGAACAGCUUACAUCUCGCGACAAAACUGAAAACAAUAAAAAAAUAAUGCAUUCACCAAACAGAAUAUCUUCAUUAUGGGGACGCAACAGUGCAUUGGUCUCGCGGCAGAACUCACUAAGUCAAGAAUGA